AUGGCCAGGUUUGGAACACAACGUGUUUUUCGUUUUCCGUUAUACAUUCUUGUAUGGACUAAUAUCUGUGUUUUCGUAAAUGGAGCAGGUGGCGCAUGGACUAUUUGGUAUAAUCGAUUUCCUGAUGAAGUUGGAGACGACCAGAGCUGGGCCACCAUACGUAAUCAUGGCUACACUGUAUGUGGUAGCGAAAAGCCGGAAAUGGCCGAAUGCCGAGAAGUUGGUUCCGAAAUGACAUUUACAGAACAUAAUGCAAAUAAAGUCGCUCCUGAUCAUCUGUCUGUACCCUGUACAAGGAAUGGCUUAGUCUGCUACAACUACCGCGAAAACAAUAUGAAUUGCCAUGAUUACGAGGUUCGAUUUUUCUGCCCAUAUACAGAUGAAGAAAAACAAAGAUCAGCAGAUUAUGGACUGGUGGCACUAGCUGCGGGUCUUUCUGUACUGAUCCCCCUUCUUUGUGUUGUCGUACUGCAGUGCAUACGCCAGAUUCGAGUUAAGAGGGCGCUCCGUGCAAGAGGCCAAUUAGCACGUGAUCAUUUCAACAACAUGGGAUCUCAACCUGUUGACUCGGCCAAUUUUACAGCACCUCCUUCAUAUGAAUCAAUAUUUAGUAACGGACAAAAUUUCCCAGCCGGAACCGGCAGGGAUGCUUUGCUACAAAGCGAAACAUCUAAUUCUUCUACAAUAGACUUGUCUCACGUAAACGAAGGAUUCUCUCACGAAGAUGCCCAACAGACCGGUGUUUAUCAAAUAUCGACGGGAACAGUCUAUCCAACAGACACCGGAAGUCACGUGCCUAACCUGCGACGAUUUCCCGGCAUGCAUUUGUCAAUGGAGGACAUUAUUUUAUUAAACAGUGGAGAUCAGAGAACCCCUCCGCCUGCAUACAAUGACGCCAUGGUCAUUGUGGGCCCAAUUCCGCCAAAAUAUUCAGAUGUCCAAAAAGACCAAGUUACCCCAGCAACGUAA